GCGACAGUGAGGUUGUGGUGGGACUCGUCUUCUUCCAGUAGCGAGCGGUGGACUGCGAGAGGGAGCGCCUCCGCCUCAGAUCCACCGAGUCUCCGAGCCCAGUCUCCCCCACCCACCCAUGCGGACGCCGGCGAUGCUCCGCUGGGCCACGGUGGCGCUCGUGGCGCUCCUCGCCGCCGCGCCGGCCGCCGCCUUCUAUCUCCCCGGCGUCGCGCCCAACGACUUCCAGAAGAAAGAUCCACUUUUGGUGAAGGUGAAUAAGCUGACAUCCACAAAGACACAGCUUCCCUACUCCUAUUACUCUCUUCCUUUCUGCAAGCCAAACACGAUAGUUGACAGUGCGGAGAAUCUUGGAGAAGUUCUGCGCGGUGAUCGCAUUGAGAACUCCCCUUAUGUGUUUGAGAUGAGGGAGCCCAAGAUGUGCCAGAUUGUCUGCAAAGCAUCGAUUGAUGAUAAACAAGCAAAGGAGCUCAAGGAAAAGAUAGAGGAUGAGUACCGGGUGAACAUGAUCCUUGACAACCUCCCGCUAGUUGUUCCUAUACCAAGGCAGGAUAGGGAUGCUGUUGUUUAUCAGGGUGGAUAUCAUGUUGGUGUCAAGGGCCAGUACGCUGGUAGCAAGGACGAGAAGGUCUUUAUCCACAACCACUUGACAUUUUUAGUUAAAUACCACAAGGAUGAAACUACAGAACUCUCUAGAAUUGUUGGAUUUGAGGUCAAACCAUUCAGUAUUAACCAUCAGUUUGAAGGCCAAUGGAAUGAUAAAAACACUCGUUUGAUCACAUGCGAUCCUCAUGCGAGCAAGCUUGUGAGAAGCUCAGAUACUCCUCAGGAGGUUGAAGCUGGAAAGGAAAUCAUAUUUACCUAUGAUGUUGGCUUUGAGGAGAGCGAUGUCAAGUGGGCUUCUCGCUGGGACACGUAUCUGUUAAUGACAGAUGAUCAAAUUCACUGGUUUUCUAUUGUGAACUCUCUCAUGAUCGUACUCUUCUUAUCUGGGAUGGUGGCCAUGAUUAUGCUCCGCACUCUGUAUAGAGAUAUCUCCAGGUACAACCAGCUUGAAACUGAAGAAGAAGCCCAAGAAGAGACAGGAUGGAAGCUUGUUCACGGAGAUGUGUUCCGACCUCCUGAAAACUCUGACUUACUCUGUGUCUGCGUUGGGACUGGUGUUCAGUUCUUUGGUAUGCUGCUAGUAACCAUGAUUUUCGCUGUUUUGGGAUUCCUUUCACCAUCGAACCGAGGAGGGCUGAUGACUGCCAUGCUGCUCACUUGGGUCUUGAUGGGAUUGUUUGCUGGAUAUGCUUCUUCACGCUUCUAUAAGAUGUUUAAAGGAUCAGAAUGGAAGAGUAUCACCCUAAAGACUGCCUUCCUGUUUCCUGGGAUUGCUUUCAGUAUUUUCUUCAUCCUGAAUGCUCUUAUAUGGGGGGAGAAGUCGUCUGGUGCUGUUCCUUUCACCACAAUGUUUGCCUUGGUCCUCCUAUGGUUUGGUAUCUCAGUUCCUCUUGUAUUUGUUGGGAGCUACCUGGGCUUCAAGCAACCUGCCAUUGAGGCUCCGGUGAAGACUAACAAGAUCCCAAGACAGAUCCCUGAGCAGUCUUGGUACAUGAACCCUGCCUUCACCGUUCUUAUUGGUGGCAUUCUUCCAUUUGGGGCUGUCUUUAUUGAGCUCUUCUUCAUCCUCACAUCGAUUUGGCUUCACCAGUUCUACUACAUCUUUGGCUUCCUUUUCCUGGUGUUCAUUAUCCUCAUCAUCACCUGUGCGGAGAUUACGAUCGUGCUGUGCUAUUUCCAACUGUGCAGUGAGGACUAUAAUUGGUGGUGGAGGUCCUAUCUCACCUCAGGAUCAUCUGCAAUCUACCUCUUCCUGUAUGCCGGGUUCUACUUCUUCACUAAGCUGCAGAUCACCAAACUGGUGUCAGGCAUACUGUACUUUGGCUACAUGCUUCUCGCCUCGUUUGCGUUCUGUGUGCUUACCGGUGCAAUCGGCUUCUGCGCCUGCUUCUGGUUCACGAGAUUGAUCUACUCAUCUGUGAAGAUCGACUAGGCUUGAUCGCAUGAGACUGUACGGUUUUGGUGAAGCGGCCUCCAUUUUCCACCCUGUGUUUUCCUGGAUUUUCAGGAAAACUGUAUUUUAGGUGUUAACAGCAUAAACCAUUUAUGCCCACUGGUUAAGAGCUGAGAUGAUACAUCUGUCAGACUGUCACUAUGGAUUUGUGGUAAGGAUAGGAUACCACUGUCAGCUUCAUAUGGGGCAAUUUUUCCUUGUAUUGUUAUGACUUAUGAACUGCUGUAUAAAUUCAAUUCAUAGCUCUCACUCGUAAUUGGGUGUCAUCUUGUUCCACCUCUGCAAUGAUGAUGUCGAUAAUGUGCUUGGCUUCCUCUAGAAA